AUGCAGCUCACAGCAAGUACACGACUGGGUUGCACCCUCACGCCUGGUACUUCGGAUUCUGGUUCACGUUAUGCGAGUCAUAUGCAGCGACGCGAACACACAACUUGUUGGAUGGAACUUGCCUGUUUCAACAACUUCCCCUCUGUUCCUUCUCUCUCUGGGAGUAUGUUGCAGAAUCAAGGAGAUCUUCUAGCCUCCACACGUGGUGCUGGUGAACCAGUGUGUGUGAUUCGUGUGGAGUUUGAACUCUUUGAUGAUGAGGCUCCAAAGACGUGUGCGAAUUUCCGCAAUCUCUGUUCUGGCUGUUCCACCAGUCGACAAGGACAGACUUAUUUAUAUCAGGGACUCACCCCAUGUUAUCGUGGAACCUAUUUUCAUAAAAUUAUUCCUCAGUUCUGUGCCCAAGGUGGGGAUCUUACUAUGCGUGUGGACAAGGGUGCGAAUCACUUCUCCAGUUUUGGUCGAGGUUGGUUUGCGGAUGAGAAUAAACGUCGUCGUAUAAAUGAGGUUGGACUUCUUCUUAUGGCCAACAAUGGUCCCAACAGUAAUGGUUCCCAGUUUUUUAUCACCACCUCCGCAACGGAAGAACGGGCGUUAAAUGGACGACAUGUUUGUUUUGGUCGAGUCGUGCGUGGACUGGAGGACUUUAUGCGUGAGGUGGCGCCUUAUGGAGAUGCGAAUGGAUAUCCAUCGCGGUUUGUGGUGGUGCUCGAGUGUGGAGUGGGGCCGCUGCCAGAGACACUCCCCACCGCAGAGAGUUGGGUAGAGACAAAGAGAAGAGAAGAAAAAGAAGAAGGAGAAGAAGUGAGAGAGAAAGAAGAAGGAGAAAAGAAAGAGAAGGAAGAAGAUGAAAAGAGUCUCUCAGGGGCAUUGAAGGCAGCACCUAGAGAAAAUGAAGAGGCUGCCACUGCAGCAACAGCAGCAGUAUCAUCAUCAACAACAACAACAAGUAAAGAAACCCAAAUGGGGCAAAUGUCCCUGCGUAGCGAUAAAAAAGACUUACAUGUCUCCUUCAAGGAGGGUCACUAG